UGACUGGGCUCCUUGCACAUGGACGUGCGGCUCCUAGCGUCGGCACCUUGCAAGCACAGCAGUCACCUUCCAACCUCUGCGACUCUCCUCCGCUCAGUCGCAGAUAUUUUGCAGGACGGAGGGGACCGCAAACUGUCCGCUUCGCCCGAUUACAGCAUCUGAGGAGUUUUUCACUGGGAGAUAGGAGCUUUUGCUUUCGCUAGAGUCUACGAUCCACGAAAGACACGCGGCUGGUCGCUUUACCGAGCCAGAGAGGGCAGCCGUGCGUCCUGGUGAUGAGGUUGGUGGCGCACAGCCGACACAGCAUUAAAGGAAUCCCUCUGUAUCCGAAGAAACCGCCCCAGUAAGGGACAAGAACGGGGGAGAGCUGCGGGAACUGGUGUCGGCUGGGACGCUAUCAUUUCGACUAGGAUGCAUCUCUUCAGUGCCAUGUUCCUACUUGUGAUGUUAGCUGUCAUGCCCUGUGAGGUCUUUCCUGUCAGGAUGUAACCUAGCGUACUGAUGAGAAGCAAGAGAGGCGUAGGGUGAAACUUCAGGGAAGAUAUGACAAUAAGGCUCUGUACCCGAGCCCAGAGGAGGGCUGGCAGAUCUACAGCUCGGCACAGGACGCAGAUGGGAAGUGUAUCUGUACCGUGGUCGCACCAGCCCAGAACAUGUGUAACCGCGACCCACGCAGCAGACAGCUUCGCCAGCUCAUGGAGAAGGUUCAGAACAUCAGCCAGUCAAUGGAAGUGCUGGACCUGCGGACGUACAGAGAUCUACAGUAUGUAAGGAACACAGAGAGUCUAAUGAAAGUGGUGGAUGGAAAACUGAAGGUGGCCUCUGAAAAUCCCCGCAAUCUCAAUCCAAAGAGCUUUCAGGAGUUGAAAGACAAGGUGACCCAGCUGCUCCCCCUGUUGCCAGUACUGGAACAGUACAAGGCAGAUGCCAAGAUGAUCCUGCGUCUUCGGGAGGAGGUGAGGAAUCUGUCCUUGGUUCUGAUGGCCAUCCAAGAAGAGAUGGGGGCCUAUGAUUAUGAGGAGCUGCGCCAGAGAGUCCUGCUGCUGGAGACCAGGCUCCACUCCUGUAUGCAGAAACUAGGCUGUGGGAAGCUGACUGGCGUCAGUAAUCCCAUCACAGUACGUGCAUCAGGGUCAAGGUUUGGCUCCUGGAUGACAGAUACCAUGAUCCCCAGCUCAGACAACAGAGUGUGGUCCAUGGAUGGUUACUUUAAGGGACGGCGUGUCUUGGAAUACCGUACAAUGAAUGAUUUCAUGAAGGGCCAGAACUUUGUGCAGCAUUUGCUGCCUCACCCCUGGGCAGGCACUGGCCACGUGGUCUUCAACGGCUCACUGUACUACAACAAGUACCAGAGCAACAUCAUCAUCAAGUACCACUUCCGUUCUCGAAGUGUGCUGGUGCAGCGCAGCCUGAGUGGGGCGGGCUAUAACAACACCUUUCCCUACUCCUGGGGUGGCUCCUCUGAUAUCGACCUCAUGGCAGAUGAGAAUGGCCUGUGGGCCGUUUACACCACCAUCCCCAAUGCUGGGAACAUUGUCAUCAGCCGCCUGGAGCCUCAGAGUCUGGAAGUGCUGCAGACUUGGGACACAGGGUUUCCCAAGCGCAGUGCUGGAGAGUCUUUCAUGAUCUGUGGUACACUUUACGUCACCAACUCCCACCUCGCUGGUGCCAAGAUCUACUUUGCCUACUACACCAACACAUCAAGCUAUGAGUACACAGACAUCCCAUUCCACAAUCAAUACUCCCACAUCUCCAUGAUGGACUACAACCCCAGGGAGAGGGUCCUGUACACCUGGAACAACGGACACCAGGUGCUCUACAAUGUCACACUGUUCCAGGUUAUUAAGACUUCAGGGGACUGAGAGCCCUCAGACUGAACCACUCAAAUAAUGCUGUGAUCAUUGUUCGGGGAGGGACAAAUGAGCUGGGUGGAGGAGGGCACUGGUUGUGGGAGGUGCACUGGGUUGGGGGCGUGUAUGGGCAUAGGCUUGGAUUUUUUUUUUUUUUUUUUAACAAUUUCAAUCUUCAUAGAGUGCUAUUAUUCACAUUCUCAAAAAACCCUCCAACAGCAACAUCGGUAAAGAUACAAAGACUGAGCGCUUCUCUUUUUUUUUUUCCCUUUCUGUGAUGAGUAAGCAUGGUUCUUUUUAUUUGUGAUGAGAAAUAAAUAUCAAUCUUUACCAUUUA